CACAGCCGAAAUUGCAGGCAACCGCAGGCCAGGGGCGGCACGGAGUCCGCUUGCCACUUGGCUGAGAGGAGAGGCGCCUCCGCGGACGUACUGAGAGUAUGAGGCCCUGGCCUUUGCGGGCCCCUCAUUUGUGACUACUUCCACCACGGCAGAGCCUUCCAAGCCUACCUCCUGCCGUGUGGUGAUCUACCUGCAGCGGGAGAUGUCAGGAGACACCUGUCUGUGCCCAGCCUCAGGGGCCAAGCCUAAGAUAAGUGGCUUCAAGGGCGGCGGGCUGGGCAACAAGUAUGUUCAGCUCAAUGUAGGUGGCUCCCUGUACUACACCACAGUGCGGGCCCUCACCCGGCAUGAUACUAUGCUCAAGGCCAUGUUCAGUGGGCGAAUGGAGGUGCUGACUGACAAAGAAGGCUGGAUCCUCAUAGACCGAUGUGGAAAGCACUUUGGCACCAUCUUGAAUUACCUCCGAGAUGACACCAUCACCCUCCCUCAAAGCCGGCAAGAAAUCCAGGAAUUGAUGGCCGAAGCAAAAUAUUACCUCAUUCAAGGGCUGGUGAACAUGUGCCAGACUGCCCUGCAGGACAAGAAAGACUCCUACCAGCCUGUGUGCAACAUCCCCAUCAUCACGUCCCUGAGGGAGGAGGACAGGCUCAUUGAAUCCUCCACAAAGCCUGUGGUGAAGCUGCUGUACAACAGGAGCAAUAACAAAUACUCAUACACCAGCAACUCUGACGAUCACCUGCUGAAAAACAUUGAACUGUUUGACAAGCUGUCCCUGCGCUUCAACGGUCGCGUGCUCUUCAUCAAGGACGUCAUUGGUGAUGAGAUCUGCUGCUGGUCUUUCUAUGGCCAGGGUCGUAAGCUGGCGGAAGUGUGCUGCACCUCCAUUGUGUAUGCCACAGAGAAGAAGCAGACCAAGGUGGAAUUUCCAGAGGCCCGUAUCUAUGAGGAAACGCUCAAUGUCCUGCUCUAUGAGACCCCUCGAGUCCCUGACAAUUCCUUGCUGGAGGCCACAAGCCGUAGCUGUAGCCAGGCUUCCCCCAGUGAAGAUGAGGAUACCUUUGAACUACGGGACCGUGUCCGUCGCAUUCACGUCAAGCGCUAUAGCACUUAUGAUGACCGGCAACUUGGCCAUCAGUCUGCUCACCGUGACUGAGACCCUUAGGAAAUCAGGGCACAAGAAGUCCUAUCUGCCACCCUGUGGAACAUACCCAUUGGCCACCCUAUGCUGCUCCUGCUAGCUGGGAGCCUGCUCUAGCGUUUACAGGUGAUAGCCCUGCUUGGGAGGUCAGGGAGCUAGGAAAGGCCACAUUGUCUUGCUUGGUCCCCCUUCCCCAGCACUUCCAGAGGCAACCCCACUUCCUGCCAACAGGGAGCUACUUCUGCUCUAGGGUGAGUGCACUGACUUCCCACCUCCUGCCAAGAACACUCCUCGGCCCUUAGCUGAGUGCCCUUUCUUCUGAAGAGCUCCUUUAGUUCCUCAGCUGAGAUCCAGGGGAACAGCUCUGUUCUAGAGGAAAGGAGGCUUCUGGUGCUGUGAGGACCCAUUUUUGAACAAAAAAGGCAGCCUUUUUUUUCCUAAGCCAUUUAAACAUUGGCAUGACCUGGAUUUUUGUUUUUAAAUCUAGAUGUUAGCAUGGUGGCCGUGCCUAUAAUCCCAGCUAUGAAGAGGCCAAGGCUGGAUAACAAGUUGUAGGCUAGCCUGGACAACAUAGCAAGACCCUCAAUAUAAAAUUUUAAAAAGAGGGCUAGUGGCAUGACUCAGUGGUAGAAUACUUGCCUAGCAAGAGUGAGGCCCUAGGUUCAAUCCCCAGUACUGCCAGCCUCACUAAGUAUCUAAGAAACGACUAGUUUCUAGUCUGAGGGAAAGGCUAGGACUAAUGUCCCCUGCAGAAUGCCAGGACCCCAUCUAGCAGGCACACACACUUAUACUCUCACCCCACCCUUUUCAAUAUCUUAGGACCCAUCUUUAAAGCACUUUACAUGUCUAUCAUUCAGGAGAAUCUACUAUGCCUUGACCCAAAGCUUUUUCUGACACUGAUCCCCGCCUUGCAGAAUCUGAAGGAAAGGCUGAGACAGGAGGGUCACAAGUUUGAGACCAGCUUGUGCUAUGUAGUUAAAGUUCCAGGCAAGCCUGGGCUACAUAGAAAGACUUUGUCUCAAGAAAAAAGUAACUAAACUAACCAGCUUUGGCUUGUCAGCUUGACUAGCCAGCCCAAAGAAUACCAAGAGGGAAAGGAUGUCCAAGUUGAAGAUGGUUUUAACAGCAUCCUGUGGGGAAAGAUACCCUCACCCCUACAUUGUAGUGUCAUAUCACCGACUCAGAUUUAACAAGAUCCUUUGGUCUGAGCCUCAUACUUGGGUACGGUCAGCUCUAAGACAUGCUGUCUCCACAAACCUUAAAGCCAGAAGCAGUGAUGCGGGCCAAAAACAAGCUGCAGAAGGCUAUGGAGCCAUCAGCUGAAGCCAGAAAACUCCUGGAGCCCCGUGCUGCCAGCAGUGUCCACAGCUGUGGUACAGCCCAGACAAUGUCUCGGUUAAUGUUCUGGCUCUGGGUUCUGCCUAGUGAUGAAUCUCCAAAUACAUAGUAACUCACAACCUAAGCCUUUCAAAGGCCUUUCUUUUGGGUCACUGACUGUAGAAGUACCAAGAUCUAGACCUGGUAUAAAGUCUUCCUUUGGGCUUUGGUUUCCCUCCCCUUCUUUGCUGGGAUUGGCCUCCUUAACUGGUUUCUUUCCAGAGGAAUGUUGUCACUUGAGGGGGCUGUUUGUAAGUCUAAGGAAGUGUGUGACCAUCACAGAGUGCUCAAAAAGGAACACAGAUUGUCUGCUGUAUCCCUUGACCACUCUUACGAUUGCCACAUGGGCACACAUAGCUCGCCUCUUAGAGCCUAUGGGCAGAUGCCAAGUUCAGGGUUGGGCUCUCAUGAGGCUCUGACAUGACAGAGCAGAGGAAGUGGAAAAUGUGACGUAGUAAUCAGGCAUGUUAUGUUAAUCACAGUCUUGAAUGUAUAAAUAUCUCUAAGAUGCUUGGGUCAGGCACCUUAGUGAUGAGCAGCUACUAGUUCUUCCAGACCUCACUGGAACUGAGAUGACAAUCCAGUUUUUUUGUUUGUUUUUUUUGUUUUUGGCCAAAUAUAGGCUUUGAGUCUUUCCCCCAGAUGUUGGAAUGUUACAGUGUGAGGCCACCAGUCUGUUUUCUCAGCUGUCCCUGAGAAGCCCUUCAAUAUUCAGAUUCCCAGCUCCCUGCUGUGGUUCCAGUUUGUCCCUUUACCUCCACGCCCCCUUUAGCCUCUCUGGUGCUUUGACAUCCAUUGCCUCUGCUGUCCAGUGCUGUCUAGUGUUGGGCUGAGAAAGCCCAGCAGCAGGAGUCCCGGGUUAGACAUUCAUCUUCUUUGACAAUUUCUCCUUGGUUUAAGGGAAACACUAAUCCUGAAGUGAUCUGGACUUUGUGGCUUAUGGGUUUGUGGGAUUUCCCAGUCCUACGGUAGUUCUGGCAGGGAUGGUUUUUUUGUUUUUGUUUUUUGUUUUUUUUUUUUUAUCAUAGGCUGCCCAGGAGAAGAACAUGGCUGAGGGUCAGACUGGAAGCUGCUAACACCAGCUAUGUGCUCUGUUGAACCUGGGAUGUGACUGGUCGGCCUGAAGGGUAACACAGGCUCUGGCACGAAAGAAUGUGUCCUUUAUUACAUACUCUUAAGUGAUAGAAGUAAACACUAACUUCUAAUAAAAUUGUUUUACACUGCUGA